AUGCCCCCGCAGCAGGGGGACCCAGCGUUCCCGGGCCGCUGCGAAGCGCCGCCCGUGCCGCCCCGCCGGGAGCGCGGGGGGCGCGGGGCGCGCGGGCCCGGGGUGCCGGGGGGCCGAGGGCGCCCGGGCGGCAGCGAGGGGCGCGGCGUCAAGUGCGUGCUGGUCGGCGACGGCGCGGUGGGCAAGACGAGUCUGGUGGUGAGCUACACCACCAACGGCUACCCCACCGAGUACAUCCCUACCGCCUUUGACAACUUCUCGGCUGUGGUGUCUGUGGAUGGGCGGCCUGUGAGACUCCAGCUCUGUGACACCGCAGGACAGGAUGAGUUUGACAAGCUCAGACCUCUUUGCUACACCAACGCCGAUGUCUUCCUCCUGUGCUUCAGCGUCGUGAGCCCCUCCUCCUUCCAGAAUGUCAGCGAGAAAUGGGUGCCAGAGAUUCGGUGCCACUGUCCCCGGGCCCCCAUCAUCCUCGUGGGGACGCAGUCAGACCUCAGAGAAGAUGUCAAAGUCCUCAUCGAGCUGGACAAAUGCAAAGAGAAGCCAGUGCCCGAGGAGGCAGCCAAGCUGUGUGCGGAGGAGAUCAAGGCUGCCUCCUACGUCGAGUGCUCGGCUUUGACUCAGAAGAACCUCAAAGAGGUCUUUGAUGCAGCCAUCGUCACGGGCAUUCAGUACUCGGACUCUCAGCAACAGCCAAAGAAGUCCAAGAGCAGAACUCCGGACAAAAUGAAGACCCUGUCCAAGUCCUGGUGGGAGAAGUACUGCUGCUUCGUAUGAUGCUGGUGGGGACCCGGAUGGCCGUUUUGGGAUGAAAUCGGCACUAGGGGCUCCAUUAGCUGAAUUGACUCCUUUACCGUGUAGAACCUGUAUAGAGGACAUGUGUGUCUGUGUGUUAUAGGAGGUGCUACAGUGCGUGUACCCUUUCUUGCCUUUGAUUUUCUCAUUUGUUUGAGCUUAGGAAUGAGAUUCUUAUGCAAGAUACUUUGAAGUAAGUUAAGUGUUUGUCCUGACAGAAUUUAGAGCUCUAGACUUUUGGAUUAAUUUAUAUCUGAUAUGAAAAAGACACCUCAGAUCUGGAUGUCAGGAGUGAAAUUGUGCUGUGUGAUAAUGCACCGAAGACAGAGAGGAGGAGAUGGUGUGGUCGGCCAUCCCGUGAUUAAGGGCUGCUUCACGCAGAGUGCCAGCUGGGGUAAGAGUAACUCCUAGCCUUGAAACCUCAUCCUUUCCCCUGCUUUUUUAAGGAGUAAAAAUCUGAGAAAAGAAACAUGAGAGCCCUCUGCCUAUAAAACCUCAAACCAGUCACUUGUCUUAUCUGCUUAUACCCAGUGGCUUCAGAUUGAAACAUCCCACUCAACCAAAAACAUCCUACUGACUAUGGCACUGUGUAGACCAAAGAGGAGAAGUUGUUGAUUGGGAUUUUUCACCCUGAGACUGUGUAAACAUGGCCAUGAUGCCAUGUGGAGCAUAGAAAGUGAUGCCAGUAGCCCUGUUUUUUUUUUAGGGAGUGAUUCAUGUUGAGAUCAGGGUGUGAUGUUUGCUGUCCGUUCCCGUGAGCCAAACCGCCUAAACCUCUGUAAUGAGAGCACCAAGGAGACCCAUCAUUUCUAAACUUCUAGCCUUCACUGGCCCCAUCUGCAGGGAAGUGAAUGCUCCCGCAAGGCCUCUAGCAGGCAGAUGUUUGGGGAACACAAAAUGUACUUGUUUUCUUAUAUCAGCCAAAAUAUACUUCUUUAUAUAUACACACACACAUAUAUAUGACUGUUCUUGCUGCUGAUUUAGACUUUUAAACACUUAAAGGGAAAAAGCAUGCCCACAGAAACUGAUGUGAGGGAAGCUUGGCUUCCUCUUUUUGUUAACACUUUUUGGAACAGAUCUCUUUUUGGUUAUACCUGAGGUAUAAUUUUAAGCAUAUCUUCACGCAUUUUUGAGACCAUGUUAAAACAAAAUGUGUCUCUUAGAACCUGUUCUUAAUGCCUCUUGAAACCUGUUAAAACAACCCAUUAAAUCCACAGAUGCCUUUCAUGGAGCUGGCGGCAGAGACCAGCACUGCGUGUCAGGGGAUCAGAACAGUCAGAAAACCACAUAUUUGUGAAAUAUUCGUGUGCAGUUUUUAGGGCUUACUGUUCUAGAGGAAAAACGCACCAUGUCAGGAGAAUAGUUUUCCUCUGGGAUGGAUAUGCUUCUGAGAUGCCAAAAGGUAGCCUAAUACAUGGAAUUGUAAUGUCAAGCUUGCAGUGCUGAAGCACAUCUACCAAAAUCAGUCAGUAGCUGAGAAAACCUGUGUAGAGCCAGCAGAUAGAAAGUUUAUCUUUCUGUGGGUCCUCUGUUGUCCUCUUUAUAUUUAAAAAAAAUCCAGUUUGUACUUCUUUAUAGAAAAAGUAAAUGAUCAGGUUAUACUUAGGGUUAGGGGCUUCUUUGAUUUCUGUUAGUAAAUAAAAUUAGUUAAUUUUUUCUUUGUUUAAAAACUGGAAGACAUACUGUUCGCUAUUUAUUUUCCAGUACAUUAAAAUUGCCACCAUAGUUUCUGAAGUGUUUAGUUACCCUCCAGAGUAAAUAAAAUACUUCCUUUGUGGAAAUGCCCCAAACGGACCUAAUGAAAUGCAUUUGAACGUGAUGGCUGGCUUACCUACCACACUGGGCUAUGUCCACCUUGGCGUGGAGAUGGGGCAGGAGCAUUAUUUGGCUGGAAAGUCACUGCAAACAGGAUUUUGAUAUUAAGCAAAUAUCAUGGAGUAAAAAGCAAGUUAAUUUUUAAGACUGAACAUAAAACUUGAAAGAAAUUUUGUACAUGUGGCAGCAUAUGGGGCCUCUCUCUGAAGUCCCACAGGGGACUUCAGCCUUGUCCACCUUCAGGGCCACCAGUGGACCAGGGUCUCUGAAGAGCACCUGUGUGGCCCAGUUCUGGAGCUUUACUCACAUGUUUUAUUUUUAACCCAGAUGAUACAACCUGUACCAUGAGUGCUAAACAUCUAGAGGUUGACAUUUAAAUGCAACCAUUUUUAAUAUGCUGCCAAUUUAUAAAAUAGAAAGGUGCAAUUGUACUCAACAUUUUCCUUCAUUUUUACUUCUUUGUGCAAAUAGAGAAUUGGGCAGAAAAUUUUUUUAAAGUGUGUUUGAGUUAAAUAUAAAUUCAGUUUGCUUCAAAGCUCAAACAUUGUUAAACUCACAGCUCGGCAUCACAGAGGAGAGUUUCUAAGAGCUGUUCUUUGGAAAAUGCCACUGUAGGGUGACUCCUGCAGUGUAGGCCAGUCGUAAUUUAAAAACACGGUAUCCUGCAAAACAGUUACCUCUUUUCGCCAUGUACGUGGAAAUGAACCUUCUGUAAGUUGUUCUCAUUGUCCUCUGUGCUUGACAAACUUCCAGGAAACUACCCAGCUCUCACACAAGCCCAGUUGAGACAAGGUCUUUGCCCCAGAUUGUCGUUACCUGGUGCCUUACCAAGGUGUCCUUUUCUAUUUUCAAGCAUAAGUGGUGUUGGGCUGAACGCUGUCCUUGACGAUGCUGUCCGUGAGGUGGUGUGAAAUAAAUUCUGACCUAUAGCUAUAA